AUGGCUCCAGUCACGGCGGUCGAAAAACCCGUGUUCAACUACGAUCUUGACGUGUUCAACCAGAUCAAGUACUACCUUGAGGAGAAAAACCACCAUGGGCUCGCCCUCAUUGCCCGCCAAAAGGGGGUGCCGCCGUUCCUCCGGUUCAAAGUGUGGCCGCUUUUACUUAAAACCCACCCGUUUGUGUUGCUGCCGUUUAUCCAGCCCGACUGCCACCAGGAUGACGACGACGGCGCCUUCGACGUAGACGAGGUCGAGCGCAGCAUCGGCCACGACCUCCGCCGCUACGUGCAACGCUUGCACUACCUGUGCAAGCCCCUGACCACCAUAGACCCCCGCGCCCACCAGAUCAUCCACAUCUUGCACCAGGCCGUCCUCAAGUUCGCCAAAAAAUGGUCCCGCAUCAUCAAGUACGACUCCUCGCUCACCUGGAUUGCCCUCAACCUUGCCGAAUGGCUCCCCCCGGUGGAGAAUACCCCCUGGGUGCUCUGUGGCCGCGACCACAAAACCCCAAACGACCAGGUCGUCACUAACGUCAUCGAUGACUACUCAAACUAUAUCGACCACAUUCCGGGGUUGGCCGAGUUUAUGAACGACCUUGUUGAGGACACCACCCUCAACACUCUUAAUUUCAGCGAGGUCUACGAGCGGCUUGUGCUUGUGCUUCUCCACUGCCCCGAACAGACGCGGCUGCUGACGUCACUGGGGUCGCUGCUGCUGCUGCUGCUGCUGCUGCUGGAUCGGGGUGCGGGAGCUCCGCUGCGACCGGAGCCCGCCGACGAUGAUUUGGAGCCGCGGCUGCGGCUGGUGCUUCCGUUAAAUGGCGGCACCAUCGAAGACCGGGUGGCCUACUUCAUCUACUGUUUCCGCAAACUAUUACCCGAGCUCGCCAACUACUUCUCCGAUGAGCAAAUCCUCACUCGGUUUGGGUCUCAGGACGACGAGUGGUUGAUCUGGUGGCUCAAAUACGCCGGGCUGAAGGUGUGGCUGAAGUUCGACCGGGGCCGCAUCUGGGACUUGUUGCUUGGGUGGCGAUUAGUCAACCCCAAGCGGACGAUGCAGUACUACUUUGAAAAGCUCAACAUUUCGCGGGCGAUGUUGGCGAAGCUUGGCCCCGAUCUCUUCUGGCUGGUGCGUAACGACGACGACGACGGCGGCGACGACGACUCCGACGGAUACACGGCCGACAACCUUCUGAGUACCACCACCACCACCACUGGGUCGCUUAAUCCUCGGGCGAAAAACUCGCUGUUCCGGGACUUGGUGACGGAACUUAAUAACAAGCUCACCAUGGACGAGCUUUAUCUGCUGCUGCCGGGGCUGGCGCUGGCGGCAGGGGAGAAGAAGCUCACCAUUCCCUUCUCGACGUUGGACCCCCAGUUUGAGCUUAUUUUCAUUCUGCUAGCGUUGCUCAAGCUGAAGGAGAAUAUUCUCGUCGAGCUUGAUCAGCACGAGAUCCGCCAGUUUUUAUCGCGGUUGCCGCCGAAAGCGUAUAAAUUCAAGGUGAAGGAGGAGGUGGUCACCACCAGCACCGAGCCGUCGCCGGGGCUGCUGCCGCCGCUGAUUUCGUCGGAGGGGGCGCUGCAUUCGCUGAGUCUGGAGCCCAUGAUCAUCCGCAAUGACUUCCUCAUCACCGACUAUAAGGUCGACUUUAUGGACAACAUCAUCAACGAGGCGGGCGACUUGUGGCGCCAGUGGAUGUGGCGGGAGAUGGUCGACGAUAGAUGA